CUGCUCCGUGCAGUCACGCGAUCUGAACUUUCCGCGUUCACCAUGGCUCCGAGUUUGCUUUCAAUAUAUUUCCCAACGGCGUCUUUAAUCCUAUUCUAUGAUUAAAUAACGCGUCUGCUCGCUCGAUACGUGCGAUCAAAUACCUAUCCAUAGGACCGCGGGUCUAGCCCGCUCCCCUUUUCUAAGCCCGGGAGGACUUGACGUAUCUUGAGCUUUUCACACCUCUCUCUAUUCUUUUGAAUGGAAUAUGAUUCGCAGUCUGAUAUCGUACUCCUUAAAUUCAAUAUCUCUAAGGUUGAACCCAGGCUAACAGCACGUGACCAGUUUCGACCUGGAGGCCGAUCCAAUCGGUCUGGGCGUGGCCCCGUCGAGCAUAAUGUGCUCGAAGGGUUACCCAUUAACCAGUAUCGAGUAAUGGAAGUCACAGUUGGAAUGAAUGACCCCGAACAAAAAGAGAUCGAUAAAGAUGCGCGGCCCGAGCUACCAAUGCCGCGCGACUCUCAUAUGCUCCCAGAGCAUUCCCAACAGCUUCUCCGGGCUGCACGCAGAGGGCGGGUCAUACAACCGCCGGCUCCGCCAGAUGAAGAGAGGGAAAAUUUAGACGAUGAAGAGGAGCACAAGGAAGUGGAACGUGGGUUUACCGUGAAGAAAUUUGUCAAGGUACCACGACACCUCGAAGAAUCUGAACCGGAGUACCUUGCGAAAAGACGGAAAGGCCUUCCCUCACAGUAUACUCCCACCACUGGCCAAGCGCCGGUGCAGCCAACCCCGAUGAGAGAGACGAAAGUAAAGAAAGUGGAUGCGGAAGGGAAUGUCGCUGUUUACAAGGUUCUUGUUCCCGAAGGUCAGGCGGUUGAGGGCGAGGUCCAGGAAGCGGACCCUGUCGCCACAGAAGUUGCACCAGCUGUGGCUGCCCCAGGGACCGUCGUAGAAGGAGUCGGAGUUGUGAACGCAGAAGGAGUUGUUGUAGCCAACGAUAUCCCGCAACAAACACCACCGCGCAGAAGGCCUCCCCCUCCUAAGAAGAAGGCGAGAAGGGGGCCUGGAAGAGGCCACAAGAAGAUAAAAGUGCCUGAAGGCGGGAUGGAAGGGGGAACAGAAUCAGGAACUCCCGCAUCAGGCGCUAAUUUACUCACAGUUCCUCAUCUCAAACAAGAAGAGGGAUCAGUCGGGCCUUCUGAUGGUGACACGCCGAUGGCAGAUGCUGGAGAAGAGGAGGGCGAAAGCGACGGGGGGUCAGAAGACGAUGAUCGCGAGGAUGGUGAGCUGUCUCCGACGCCUGUUCAAAGAGCCACGCCUUCGGAGGCGCUCGUAGAACUCGUCCCCGAGCCUAUCUCCGAACCCAGCAAGGCGCCUGCUGAAGAACCAGCACCCAUUCAAGAGAUUCCAAUGAGUGAUGAACCUCCUGCGCUUGCAGGACUCACAGCACCUGCUGAAGAGCCUGCAGAACCCACUGAACCAGAAGCUAAGCCUGAGAAACUGCCUAAUCGCGAUCCUUCUAGCUCCCCUGACUUACCACUCGCCACCGCUAUCGCUCAUAGCCGUCAAAACUCGCUGAAUCAAAUUCCAACCCUUCCCUUAGAAUCCGCACUCGAGAUUGGCACGAUCGAACCUGUUCCCGAACCCGUUAGCGAGGCGCCUCCAACUGAAGCUCCGCCAACUGAAGCUCCGCCAACUGAAGCUCCGCUAACUGAAGCUCCGCUAACUGAAGCUCCGCCAACUGAGGCUCCGCCAACUGAAGCUCCGCCAACUGAAGCUCCGCCAACUGAAGCUCCGACAACUGAAGCUCCGACAACUGAAACUCUGCCAACUGAAACUCCGCCUACUGAAGCUCCGCCAACUGAAGUUCCGCCAACUGAAGCUCCGCCUACCGAAGCUUCCCCUCCCAAAGCUCCCACUGCGCAAACGCCUCCGAAAGAGGUUGCCACCACAGAAGAUGUUCACAUGUCCGAUGGAGAACCAGAUAUACUAGGAAGCCUAGAAGCACAUUUAGAAAAAGACAGCCGGAUGAUGGCAGGUCCAUAAUCGGUCUUUUAUUACUUGUAAUCUAACUUUUGAUGUUGGCUCAGCUUGAAGUAAAUCGUCGCAAAAACCGGUCCCAGUUUAGAGCGGCUACAUUGUUUAUGUCAGACCAGCUUCUCUCGCCAGUCUUUGAAGAGCGUCCGGAGCCUAUGAAUAGUUCAGCGGAUACGACGAUUGGCUCAACACACCGCCUGGAGACUCUCCGUAGAUGGGUUAGAAGUCACGCAGGGAAGCUAGGUUUGGAUGGGAGGUCUCUGUAGGAUACUACUUGGGUAUAAGUCCUCCUUCUCUGUCUGUGUUCAUUUAUAUUAGUCAUAGAGCUUCUUUGAAUUGAGAGCAGC